UCUGAGGCAGGACGGGGCACAUGCCGGGGCAGGGGCCACCCGACACCCAGGGGCCCCGCACCAUCGAGGGGCCCCUGUGGCAGUCUGACGAGAGCUGAUAAAGCUCAGGUGGGGUGUGGUUCCAGAGUAGUGCAGUCACCUGUCGGCCCCUGAGGAGAGAAGAACCAUAUACCUGUGGCCCCUGAGGAGAGAGGAAACAUCUACCUGUGGCCCCUGAGGAGAGAGGAAACAUCUACCUGUGGCCCCUGAGGAGAGAGGAAACAUCUACCUGUGGCCCCUGAGGAGAGAGGAAACAUCUACCUGUGGCCCCUGAGGAGAGAGGAAACAUCUACCUGUGGCCCCUGAGGAGAGAGGAAACAUCUACCUGUGGCCCCUGAGGAGAGAGGAAACAUCUACCUGUGGCCCCUGAGGAGAGAGGAAACAUCUACCUGUGGCCCCUGAGGAGAGAGGAAACAUCUACCUGUGGGCCCUGAGGUGAUCACUGCAGGUUCUACUCAGGUGUGUCUUCAGAGGCUCCUGGUGCCCUCACAGGUCGGGACCCUGACCGGUCCCUUCGGCCGCCGGUUGGCUCCACUCCGGUCCGGCCGUUGUCUGGAGCAUGACCCCUGGUUUGGCCUGAAGGACGCCGCGCUGCAACCGAGCCCAGACCGGCCGUACCACGGUGCCAGACGCCAUGUUCCUCCCCCAAUGGAUGCUCCUGCUGGCGGCGGCGGUGGCCAGAGGCUCCGCCCAGACCUCCGUCUUCUGCACCGACCCCACGACGACAGGCGAGCCAGAAGGCCUCCUCAUUGACUGCCUGGGCCUGAGGUUCACCUGGCUCCACUCCCUCCUGGAGAGCUUCCCCUCCCUGGUGAGCUUUGCGGCGCGGCUGCGCUGCGCGGGGGGGCUCUGUCCCCGCGACCUGGAGGACUACGGCUGCUGCUGCCGACACCGAGAGGCGGGGCCGCCCCUGGACCCCCUGGACAGCUGUUGUUUCCAACACAGGCGCUGCUAUGAAACCGUCACUGCCGCCCCCUGCUGGCAGGAGCUGCCGCCAGCGCUAGACAACCUCACCUGCUCCACCCUCAACACCACCUGUGAUGUGGGAGCGCCGUGCGCCCGGAGCUUCUGCGAGUGCGACGCGGCCGCCGUGGGGUGCCUGGCCCUGACCCCCUACAACGCCUCCCUGAGGAACCUUCCGGAAACCUCCUGCUCUGGCCUGGAAGCAACUGGUAAAACCACCACCUAUAAUCCCAACCCUAACCCUAACGCACUGGUUAAACAAAUACCUAACACACUCCUAAACCUAACCUACUAA